AUGGGCAAGCCUAGUGGUAGUGAUGCUCUGCCACGGAGCUACUCUCUGUGGAUCAAAGACAAGGAAGAUCAUGAGGAGAAUGUGGGGAACGACGGCGGGGAGAGCAAGCGUGCAUUCCUGGUGGUGGCUCUCUGCCCAUGUCUCUCUGUUGAAGCUUUUGAGGUGGCUAAUCUUGGUAGAUCUAGUGGGUUUGAUGUGCAUUUGGCACAGGUUGAGGAUGCUACACCUCGUGUUAGGUGGAUGGUUUCCUUCUGCUCGAGCCUUGAGGAGUUUAAAGGAAGCUUCUUUGUUAAAGGGUUUUCCGGUGCUGGGGGCUUUAGUGAAGGACAUUUGGGGGUCUAUAUGCAACCUCAUCUCGAUUGUGAUCACCCUCGAAAUAAAGCAUGUCGUAUUCAUAAGGCUUUGUAUACUCCAUUGUUUGCCGAUUGA